AUGCACGACCUGCUCAAGCAUGAAGGUCACUUCGCCAAGGUGGCCAUCAGCGCGGUAAAAACUAGCGGCCGCCAGCAGAUACUUGAGUCCCUCGACAGGGAUCCGUGGGGUCGCCCGUACCGUGCAGCUAGGAAUAAACUUCACGCACAGGCGCCCCCGCUCACGGAGACCCUUCAACCCCAGCUGUUGGAGGGCGUGGUGUCGGCUUUGUUUCCGGACAGGCCUGAUCACGUUCCUCCAACAAUGGCGGGUUCUCAUUCGGAGGUCGAGGCUGAGGAGGAGGUUCCUCCAAUAGAGUCGGUGGAGGGUCGAUUCCCGAUCUGUUGGGAGGAGAGAGGACUGGUUCUCCUCAAGAAGGAUGGGCGCCCCGCAGAGUCUCCGGCUGCCUACCGCCCCAUUGUGCUGCUGGACGAUGUGGGAAAACGCUUUGAGCGUAUCGUUGCUUCCCUUAUCGUCCGCCACUUUCAUAGUGUAGGCCCCGAUCUGUCAGAUCACCAGUUUGGAUUCCGAGAGCGCCGAUCAACCGUUGACGCGAUCAUGCGCGUCAAAGCGUUCUCGGAUGAAACCGUGGCGUCUGGUGGCGUAUUGUUGGCAGUGUCUCUAGACAUUGCCAACGCGUUCAAUACGCUGCCCUUCUGGUGUAUCUCAGAGGCACUUCGGUAUCAUCGAGUGCCUCAUUAUUUAAAAAGAAUCAUCGGGGUCUACCUGAGCGACAGACCUAUCCUAUACCUGGGGCAGUAUGGCGUUAUUCGCCGUAGGAUCAUGCGGUGCGUUGUUCCACAGGGAUCGAUCUUAGGGUGCUCCUGUGGAAUAUCGGAUAUGAUUGGGUCCUGCGGGGCGCCUUUCCUUCCGGGCUCCAGGUGUUCUGCUACGCGGACGAUACCCUGGUCACAGCCCGAGGGGAGAACAUUGAGGUGGCAGCGGCACGUGCUGCAGCGGGAGUUCGGCAGGUCGUUGGGCGGAUCAAAAUGCUGGGCCUGA